AUGAGUCAACAACCAGUUGGUUGCAGUACACGUAAUGCAAUAGGUUGCAAAUUACAACCUAUUAAUUUGGUAGUCCAUGAUUGCUUCGUUGUUGGAUGCGAUGCAUCCAUCUUACUAGAUGAGACCUCCUCAAUCCAAAGUGAGAAUACUACCCGUCCUAAUAAUGGUUCUGUUAGAGGCUAUGGAGUCAUAGACAACGCCAAAGCCGAAGUAGAGAAAGCAUGUCCUGGCGUUGUAUCUUGUACAGAUAUCAUUACAGUGGCAGCCAGAGAUGCAUCCGAAUAUGUAGGUGGCCCAUCUUGGAUAGUGAAACUUGGAAGAAGAGACUCAACCACUGCAAGCAGAACUUUGGUUGAAGGUGGAGACCUUCCUGCUUUUACAGACGGCCUUGAACAACUUAUUUCAAAAUUUACUAGAAACAAAGGCCUUAAUGCAAGGGACAUGGUUGCGUUGUCAGGUUCCCACACCAUAGGACAAGCUCAAUGCUUCACAUUUCGCGAUAGGAUAUACAACAACAACGCAAGCGACAUUGAUGUCGGAUUUGUGAGCACUCGCAAGCGUGGCAAUGGUAAUUUGGCACCGAUGGAUUUGGUAACGCCCAAUUAUUUUGACGACAAUUACUUCAAGAAUCUACAACAACGGAAGGGACUUCUUCAUUCUGAUCAAGUUCUCUUUAGUGGCGGAUCCACGGACAACAUUGUCAAUGAUUAUAGCAAGAACCCCAACAUUUUCAAGUCUGAUUUUGCAUCUGCCAUGAUCAAGAUGGGAGAUAUUGGUGUUCUCACUGGUUCUGCUGGUCAAAUAAGGAGAAUUCGCAGCGCCGUCAACUAG